AUGCCUCGCCCCAGUCGCACUCUGUCCGACAAUGAGAGCGAUGUUAGCUCCGACGACAUUCCCGCGAUCUUCUCGGCCAACGCUUCUGACGACGACACCGACACCGACAGCGCGCCAAGUGAUUCCGAUUUCGACAGCGAAGCAGAAGAUGAAUGUGAGGAUGAUUCUGAAGUCGAAGAGGAACUCUCACCAGAAUAUUUUCUCAAGGAGGCGGAGUUCCUGGACGUUUCUCAGCUUCGGCAGAAACGGUAUAGUCCGAAAACUGAAGAGAGAUUGGAUGAAACUCGAGAUUACUGGGAAAGGUUCUGUAAAGGCGCGAAACUCGACCCGGCGGAAUGCUUGUCUCGACUCUCUGAUACAGAAGAAACUGUGCGCUUCUUGAAGGCGCUCUUCUCCUGGCGUUGCAGACAGCGCUGGGGAAAAAAAGGACGCUAUGCCCCAGGGCUGAAAAAGAAAAGCUCCUUGGACGCAUUCUGGAAGUGGUGGCAUCUCAUUUACAAGGCCAAGGUUGGGCAUGGCCUUAGCGGAGAUAUUCAGGUCAAAAUCCGCGAUGUGUUGGCAAUAGUUGCGAAAGAGGAGAAACUUUCUCUAAAGCCUCGCCCGAAAGCGACAAUGUACAUCGAAGACGUGGCUGAGUUUGCCCGAGUGAUCCUAUGCACGACAGAGAUGACUUUUCCUUGUGGGUGGUACCGGGUACAACUACUUCUUUUCUGUCAGCUGGCCGCUAUCACUGGAAGUCGCCCCGGGGCGCUACUAAGACUACGCUUCCGAGACUUGAUGUUAACACUAAUUCGGGAUCCAAAUGGAAGCCGCCCUCGACUUUUCAUUUAUCUUACACCUGAGUUCACAAAGUCAUUUCUCGGAGAGAAGGAGUCAAACACCUUCCCACUCCCAGAGAUUAUCUUCGAUCCUACUUUGGUCCUGAGUCCACAUAUCUUUUUGCUGGGUAUGCUCUUAAAGAUCAAGGCAUUCAAAACUCUUUCUACAAAUGGUCCCACGUUGGACUCCGCCGAGAAAUUGUACAGUCUUGGUGUCUUAGAUGGACUUGGUCAGCAGGAGUUAAAGCUGAAAGACGAAAUUCUUGAUAGCUAUGUGUUCUGCCAAGCAUUGCGAGAACCCGAUGGGAUUCGAAUCGCCCUUGACCAGCAACUCACGCGGGGCUGGCUGAGCUAUCGCAUGAAACGGGGUGGUGAGAUAACGGGAUUCGCUGAAGUCGCAAAGCCGUACUGCCUCCGAUACGGUGCAGCAAAAGCGUUUAACGAUAGUCCGGAUGUAACGAAUGAGUUGCAGAAUGUGAUGCUGCAGCACGCUAGCAUCGAUACUUUUGUUCGACACUACAGCGUGGGUAUUCACGUAGAUACCCAGGCAAUUGUGCGAGGCAUGCCCGCUCAGAAGCAACUCAUGCGGUUUGCCUCGUCUAUGAGUCGGUCUAUUGAUCCCCGCAGACCCUGGCGACUGGACGAUUCGAGUUGUAUCAAUGAUAUUCCCUGUGUACGUGUCCUGGAAAGCAAGAAAGAGGUGAAAUUGAGGAAUCGCGAUGAGAAAAAGUGCGCCUAUGAAGAAGCUCAAGUUGCACUAGAGCGGGAGUUUGGCGAUGGACCACCCCAGAAGGGUCCUUACUUCCGAGCGAUCUCUAAGCGGUGGAAGGCUCGGAAGAAGAAUGCGGAGAAGCUUAGAAAGAAAUAUGUCCACGCCGAGAAGCUUUAUGACCGCUCAGUGAAGCAAGUACGCAACGAGAAAAGUCGACAACGUCAUCGAUUGAUUCGUGAGAACCUGGAACGUUACAAGAAUGAACAGCCGGUGAUCGACAGCGAACGGCAGCUGUCAGGGAAAAUGGUUGACGCAGAGGUCAAGGUUGCGCUAGAAAGUACUGGCUAUAUGACACCACAACAUAUGACGCUUAUCGACACAGUCCUGACCAUGCCUGGUGCAACUACUGACGAAGAAUAUGAGCGAAGAAUUACUGCAAUCAACGCAGUGAUUGCCGUUUGUGAUGCAGAAGAGGGCGCACCUUCCCGGCCCCAAACGAUACAAAAACGCUCUGCCGAUGCUGUCGCCACUUCGCCAGCUGAUCAUGUGCCUAAAAAGCAGAGGCCGGCUGCUUCAGGUGCAGACCACGACGCCAUUUCUCAAGCCAUCGCUCUAGUCUGCAUCAACUGCCCAGAAAAGAGAUCGACAAUUUGCUUUAUCUGCCUUGGUAAUCCACUGCUGCCGGGAAUUGAACGACUGCGCAUGUUCAAGAACGCAGGGUCUCUCAGCCGACACUUCGUGAACAAACAUAUCAAACCGUACUCAAACGAUAUGCAACACGAGUGCACGAUUUGUGGAGAGCAGCUGGAGUCUAAAUCAGCGCUAUUGAAUCAUGCGCAAGGUGCACAUGGAAUUGUUUCUCGCUUACCUCUACCGGUUCUUGGACUGCCCUUGCCCUAA